AUGGCAACUCAAGCUGCUGCUGCCUCAUUCAAUGGCAACUUAAAGAAAGCAAUGGCAGGUAUAAAGCGUAUCAAUCUGGACGGUCUUCGUUGGCGAGUAUUUGAUGCCAAAGGCCAGGUUCUGGGAAGACUGGCAGCUCAGAUAUCGACAGUGCUGCAGGCCAAAGACAAGCCAACGUAUUGUCCAAACCGGGAUGAUGGGGAUAUUUGUAUCGUUCUCAAUGCUAAAGAUAUUGGCUUCACUGGCAGAAAGCUCACCGACAAGUUCUACCGCUGGCAUACUGGGUACGUUGGACACCUGAAAGAACGGAGUCUGAAAGAUCAGAUGGCCAAAGACCCCACUGAGGUCAUCCGUAAGGCUGUCUGGCGCAUGCUUCCUAGCAACAAUCUCCGUGAUGACAGAGAUCGGAAGCUGAGGAUCUUCCAAGGCGACGAGCAUCCUUUUGGGGACAAGCCACUCGAGCCAUUCGUCAUGCCUCCUCGUAGAGUGAGAGAGAUGCGUCCGCGCACAAGGCGAGCAAUGAUCCGUGCCCAGAAGAAAGCCGAUGAGGCUGAAAAUGGUGGAACCGAGGUCAAGAAAGGCAAGAAGAGGACUCCCUCUCAAGUACCUGCCUAG